AUGGCUCUGCGCUAUCCCGUGGCCAUGGGCUUCAAAAAGGGCCACAAGCUGACCAAGAGCAUAAGCAAGCCAAGGCACAGCCACCGCCAUGGGCACCUCACCAAGCACACCAAGUUCAUGCAGGACAUGAUCCGAGAGUUGUGUGGCUUUGCCUUCUAUAAGCAGCACACCAUGGAGCUGCUCAAGUUCUGUAAGGACAAGAGAGCCCUGAAAUUCAUCAAGAAAAGUGUGGGGACACAUAUCCAUGCCAAGAGGAAGAGAGAGGAAAUGAACAAUGUCCUUGCAGUCAUGAGGAAGGUAGCAGCCAGA